UCUCUCACUUCCUGUGUAAAAUGGCGUUCGAUUGAAAAGCUGACGCGCGAUGGAUCGGUCGCAUCGCGGCAUUUACGACAGCACUCUGUUUGGAAUUUUGUCGAAUGAAGGCCAGAUCUACCCGUUCCUGGAUGCCAUCUUCGACUUCCUGUAUCGGCGGACUGACUUCUACCACGUCAAGACCUCUCCUUCGGACAAGCUGGGCUUCCCGCCUGGAAUAGCCAAACGUUUAGUGAGAAUAGCUUUUCAGAAAUACAACAACCUCGCUAACUCAUCGAGUGAAGAAGUUGAAGAGAAGGUUUCGAUCGCUCCAACGGAAGGUCCAGAGUUGACUGUACCAUCUUCUGCUGGAGUGGUGGAAAUAGAGACGACCGCGUCGUCCGACGACACCCUUGAGUCCGGCAACAAUGACUUCUGCGAACUGCAGGAAUCCGACACUGAUGCGGAGGCCCAGGACACCAAACCGGACUCUAAAGGAAAAGCAGACGAAACGUUGGCAAACAACGGUACGGUGGGCAAGCUAGAUACGGACGUCGGCAAAGCAAACGUCUCCGGAGCAGACGACGACCCUAACUAUGAUCCGGUUCAGGCCAGGUUUCAGAGUCACCCCGAGAGCUACAACGGCGCCAUCAGGGACGGCUACUGCUGGAGCCAAAGCAUCCACGAUUUGGAUGUGAGGGUCAAGGUAGAUGCGGAGGUGACCUCUCGGAAUCAGGUGCGCGUGGAUUUGAGCCACACCCACCUGAAGGUCCAGGUCCAGGACAUCGGGACGGACACGUGGUCAACGCCCGUGGACGGGGACCUCCCCUGGCGGAUCAAGCUGGACGACUCCAUCUGGACCCUUGUGCCGGGAGACCACAUCCUGGUGAACAUGGAGAAGGCGGAGGAGCGCUGGUGGGACCAGCUGCUGGUCUCGGAGGCCAAGAUCAAUGUGCGGGCCAUAGACCCCAGCAAGCCCUUUGAGGACCUGGACGAGGAAUCCCAGGCCAAGAUCCAGGAGCUGACCUACAACAACAUCCAACGCCAGAUGGGACGCAAGACGCCCAAGCAGGAGAAGGUGGAGAAUCUUUUGCGAGAGGCCUGGGACAAGGACGGCUCGCCAUUCAAGGGCCAACCCUUUGACCCCAGCAUCGUUAAUGUCAGCAACUACGACGACCUCUGACGUCCGUGCAAUGUCUAAACUACGUCGGCUUCGUGAGCGCAAAGAAAACCUGCCAUAACCCACCGUCCCCGAAAGAAAGUGCAAGCAUUUAGAUCUCUUCUUCCACUCAUCGCAAACCAUCGGGCAUUCCUCUUAAAAAUAAAUUUACGCAUUGAGUGACCAUUUUAAAUUUCCUGCAUGUCAUUGUCACACGCUUUGGGGCACGAAUGCAGGAGGAGGAAGCGAAUACCGAUGCUCGCACAUUCGUGUUUGAUCAGCUGUCUGCGUUCGGUUGGCUUUUGCUGUGUAAAUAUGUUUUUAAUAUCCAAUAUGACAUUAGUGUCUGCAUCACUGGAUUACAUGCUCAGGUGAAGAUUUAUAAAGUACACCGAACAACACUGUUAGUGCAAACAAGGGAUCGUCGGUUUUGUCUGCUAUUUUCUUAGAUAUGAAAGGCUGUCAUCAAAACUCGUACUGUGGUGGAAUAUGCUCACUUGAGGUGCUAUCCUAAACAGGAAAGUUUAGUGUCCACCAGUGCUCCUUUGAAGUCAAGUGUGAAAGGCAUCAAUGUUGUGUUUACACCAACAGUGCCACACAGUGAACUUGAUCUUCACACAGCUAAAAAAAACAAAAAUUGCAAUCACGAUGAGCAUUUUGUAUUGGUUCAAUGGCACUGUUGCACGACAUAAAGGAAGCGGAAAUCAAUUAGAAAAGUUGUUGCACCCAUUCCUGGGGCUUUGCCUCUUUUUUAUUGCCUUGUUGAUCAGCUUUCAAGCCAGGAAAGCAUUUGAAGGUUGAAAGCAACUUCCGGGGGCAGUGAUAAAAUAUUUUUUAAUGCAUUCGACGUCUAGGUCAUGAUUGACGUUGGCGAUGCGGCAACGUCAAGAUGAUCUCCGUGGCAGUCGUGAAAUUGUCCUCAACUCUGUUCCUUUUACAGACACACUAUGUACACAAAACAUCAGAACAGCCUCUGUACAGUUUUCUGUCAACACCAAUCUUAUCUGUCAAUGCCAAUCUUAUUUCUUGUAUAUAUUUUAGACUUAAAUUUUGUAAUAAAGAAAGAUUCUUACGUGAA